UUUUGUUUUUUUUCGGACUGAGCUGCUGUCGUUGGUGAACAGCUCUUCAUCUGGGAUCUCCGUCUUCGUAUCGCUCCACCGCAAGACGAGUGACUGAUUUACCUUCAAAUGGCCCCCCGGUGGCUGAGCUGCAGUACUGCAGUGUUCCUGCUCUUGGUUCACAUCACACUGGUGGUCACACAGUGCUGCGGGGGAAUCCCUGGGAUACCGGGCACCCAUGGGCCCAACGGCAACAACGGUCUCAAGGGAGAGAAGGGAGACCCUGGUGAGGCAGCUCAGCCUAUCAGUGGCAAGACGGGGUACCCCGGUCUGCAGGGACCCCCAGGACGGCCUGGUCUGAAGGGGGACCUGGGUCUCCCCGGGCCUCCCGGUGUUCCAGGCCGUGCGGGGGAGAAGGGGAGACCCUUCAACCCGUCCAACCAGCAGAAAUCAUUCUUCUCCUACAAACGGCUGAUACCACAUGCACCAGAGGUCGACACCACCAUGGAAUUCGACAGGGAGAUUUUGGAGCUGGACGAACAGUUUAAAGGAGAAUCUCUGACCAACGGGACGUUCACAUGCGUCAUCGGAGGGAUCUAUUUCUUCAGUUACCACGUUUCAGCAAAGAGCCGAGUGUGUCUAAAGCUGAUGAAGGGCAGCGACAGUGACCUGACGUUGUGCGACUCAUCCGAGGGCUUCCUGGUGACGUCCGGCUCGGCGGUCCUGCAGCUGGAGAUCGGGGAUACGGUCUCGCUUCAGGCGACCCGGUACAACAACAUCGUGACGAGCCAGAGCAGCACCAGCCACACCUUCACCGGCUUCCUGAUCUCCCCGAACAUGUAGAGACCCGAUGAAUCUGUUCAAUCAUUGUUGGUAACUUCACAGACUUUUUGGGGGCAUAUUUACAGCAAUUGAAUAAAAACAUGUCUUUUCUGUAAUAGUGCACAAAUCAGCAGAAAUAAUAAAGAUUGGCUCAAUA